ACCACUCAAUAUGUUAUAUCCGAUAACAAAAAACAAUCACAGAGAGAAAAACCAAUGGCUUGUAUUCACAUCGAAUCAUCACAUCCACCUGCAUGGAAGACACACUCUGUCCAAGAGAACAAACCAGCAAAUGCUGAUGAUAUAUCGAACACAACCUUACCAGAACACCACGACGGUGGCGACGGGGGAAUCCAAGAAACGUGGGCCGCGAUUGGAGAUUCUGGCGGCAGAGGAGGAGGCUAUUUCGCCGGAGAGAGUAGGAAGAAGCUGGAGAAGAAGAAGAGCCAAGUGUUGCUUGAGGGAUACGCGUUGGAUGAUCAAGAUGAUUUGACGAGAGCCAAGAGUUUGACGGAUGAUGAUCUUGAGGAGCUUAAAGGUUGUUUAGAUCUAGGGUUUGGUUUUAGUUACGAUGAGAUCCCUGAGCUUUGCAACACUUUGCCUGCGUUAGAGCUUUGUUACUCCAUGAGCCAGAAGUUCUUAGAUGAUAAGCAACAAAACCACCACAAGUCCCAGGAGGAAGAUGAUUCGUCGCCACCACCGACCACGACCGCUCCAAUUGCAAAUUGGAAGAUCUCUAGCCCUGGUGAUGAUCCAGAUGAUGUAAAAGCUAGACUCAAAUAUUGGGCACAAACUGUUGCUUGCACCGUACGGUUGUGCAGCUGAACUAGAAUCGAUUUUCAUCUUUGAACCAGAGAAAGACCGUCUUUGCAAGAAUGAAGUCUCUGCCAUUGUUCGCUGAGAAUAGACCUGCAAAUGUGUCUGUGGAUAAACUGGUUUGGCUUUUACUUUAAAAUUCUAUGUAUGUUAUGUGUUGUAGUAAUCUUAAGUCUUUAUGAUUUUAAUUGUGUCAAGUGAAUAAAAAAACUUCAAAUUCUUUGUCUACAGUUCUCCUGACUGUUGUGAUUGAGUGCAAUGUGGUUGCUUAACAUAUGACAUCUGAAUUAGGGUUCUUGUCCUCUCAUAUGCAGUGAUGAGAUUUAGACACAGAAAUCAAUCUCCAACUGUUUUUUUGAAGACCUCUGUUUUUGGCUGAGGCUUAUAUGAUGAGGUUUUGCUUCAAUCACAAGAUGUCAACAAAGAAAGCACAUGACCCUUCUUUUAUGUUCUUUUACAUGUGAUUCUUAUCUUUUUGUCCCGUGGCUAGGAAAGAAUCAGAAACUUUUUGUGGUCAUAAGUUGUGAACACACUUAAACGUGUCGUGUACGAUAGGGCAAAAAUCCUUUCACAUGUUCUUUUUACGUAUACAAAUGUCUAAUAAUGACC